GAGCUGUCCGUUGCCCUGGUGAAUAAGGAGAUCAGUAAACAGAAGGGCCAGGGAUGGAGACCUCACAAUAGGAGGAACUGAGAAAGGAGAGUUAUUGUCUCUUCAGAGUAUUUAUUUGUUUUAAUCAGGUUUUCUGAAGCACUGAUCUUUCUUCCCUUCCUACUUCUGGGCUUCUCCCUCGGAAGACAUAUGGUGACCUGGAUCCACGAGAAAACCCAACUCACAAGUGCAGCAGAACUAGUCCCCGGAUGUGAUCUCCCACUUUAGAAUCAAGAGAAGCCAGCCUUUCUGAGGAUUUCAAAGAGAACACUCUGCCUCAAGACUUCUUCCCAUGUUCACCUUCUCCCCCGGGGCCUCAUGAUCUGGAUUUUGCUCUUCCUCCUUCCUCCUGCUUCAAGAUUCCCAUGUUUUUGAGUGCAUAUCCAUCUCAGGUGGGAUGGCAGAAGACUUCCGAUGGAGAAGGACUUAGGAGAUUCUCUAUCAUACUACACUGAGGGAAAGAACACUCAACUGGAACCAGGAGAAAUGGAUUCUGAUUCAAAUUCUGCUAUCACUCCUGAAGGUUUCUAGCCAUGGCUCGGAUAAUUGACUUGGUACCUUGGAAUGAUAAAUGUGUAGAAACUUUCGUAUCUCCAGCCAUCAUGUUCCCCGUGAUACCACAGAAGAACAUGCUCUCAGGGGUGAAGCAGCAACUCUACCAUCCCUACCUGCCCACCCUGAGGCGGAUGGACAUGGACUCGGUCAUUGGCAAACUCCCUGAGCAGCACUGCCGGUCAUCCACCUUCUGCAACAAAGAUGACUUCACCCGAGCCCAUUUCAACUUGUUGGGCGUCCCCAAUAGAAGACUGAAUAGUCUGGAAAUCACCGGGACAGGGCGGAUGCUUAAAAAGAAGUACCAGGGUGGGAAGAUGGCACCACUAGCACCUGGCAUUAACAAAAUUGACUGGCCCUGCCACACCCAUGCCAUUGAAGAUUGGUCCCGCUUUGUAUCUGCAGCAGGAGAGUUCAAGCUUCCCCUUGUGGAUAAGACUGUUGAGGGUUUCAGUGGCUAUGCUGUGAGGUACCUGAAGCCGGAUGUCACCCAGUGCUGGCGGUACUGCCUUAACCAGAACCCCAGCCUUGACCAGUAUGGACAGAAACCCCUGCCUUAUGACACCCUGAACACUUUCCGAAGCUUUAGCACUGCCUACAGACAUGUGAACUACAUGGAGCCCUGGCAUACCUAAGAGGAUGAAGAGGGUCUGGAAGUCUUGGCCAGCAGGUCUGGUCUCCAAUUCUCCAAAGGUAGAGAUGGCUCAAGCAAAACCUUCCAUUUUCCUGAGGAAUAUGGAAUCUAUGCAGGAACAAUAAAGUAACCAAUCCACCCAAGAGAGCUUGGAUCUCGAAAGGACAGAGGAGCAUAUUGAUGGGGAAGGGUGGUUAGUAAAGUGCCUCAGAACAAA